AUGACUAGCCGUGAUGACGGACAGGAUGUUGGAGGUGCAGCGGUUCCAAUCGCCCUCGGUCGCACAGCUAUCCAUUUCCUCGUCACCGCCGCCAAGUGAGCAGAUUGCGACGCAGAUGGUUGCCAUGGCAGAAAAGAUGAAGUCCCUAAAACUCCAGCUUGCGCGUCUUACGUCUUGUCGCUCAUCUAGCCGUUGUCGUUCUCGCUCGCGAUCUCGGACUUCCGAUAUUGGCAAGAUCUCAUUUCGUAGCCGAAACUGUUAGGAGUUAAAGUAGGGGUUAGGGGUUGGGGUUACGGGUUAAGGGUAGGGGUUAGGGUUAGGGGUCAGGGUUAGGGGUUAAGGUUGGGGGUUAGGGGUUAAGGGUUAGGGAUUAGGGCUAGGGUUUGGGAAUUAAGGUUAGGGGUUUGGGUUAGGUACUUGGCUUUAGAGGUUAGGGAUUAGGUUUAGGGUUCAUGCUGGAGCUUGUAUACUGCAGGUACGGCUGUGAAAUGAGAUCCGGACCCGAUAUUUGUUGGUAAAGGCCCUUGGCUGUUCCUCGCCCUGGUCUUUUAAGCCGAAACAGGAAACCCAGUCAACCAGAGAAUAGACGCAACCGUUUUCCCUGGCACUUCCGGCCCUGGGCACACUUUCUAUGUUUGCGACAGUGUGACUCGCAGAAGUUUCCUUGUGGACACUAGAGUCCAACUCAGCGUUGUCCCCACAACUCCAGCCAAUCAUCGUUUCCCCGACGCUGGUCGUCACCUUCAAGCUAACAACUGUUCCCCGAUUCCCAUUUUCGACAGUCUGUCGCAUAUCCUUAACACUGACCUUCGUCAGUCUUUCUCCUGUAUCUUUGUGGUUGCUGAUUUUCCUCAUGCAAUCCUCGACUCGGACUUCGUAGCCGAAUUCAACCUUCUUGACAACUGCCGACGAUCCCGGCUCCUCGGCUGCACAACUGGUCUCUCUGUACAUGGUUUAACUCUCUUCACUUCCUCCUACAACUGAUCGGUCUUGGAUACAGGUACUGCUUGUUCCAGUCAGGAACUGCUGCUUCAACACCCGAACAUCGCUAACCCGCAGUUCCGCAGUGGCGAGGUCCUGUCUGAUGUUGCGCAUCACAUCCACAACUCAGGUCCUCCUAUGUUCGCUUGACCUAAACGACUAGCACCGGAGCGUUUUCAGGCCGCGAAGGCGGAGUUUAAACACAUGCUGCAACUGGGAAUCAUUCGACCGUCCAAGAGCCCCUGGGCGUCUCCAUGCAUAUGGUGCCCUAAGCGACAUCAGGUGACUGGAGACGCUGUGGCGACUAUCGUGCCCUUAAAAACACCACACUUCCCGAUCGGUAUCCUGUGCCUCAUCUUCAGGAUUUUGCUGGAGCCCUUUUCAAUAAAGCGGUUUUUCGAAGACUGACCUGGUGCGUGACUAUCAUCAGAUUCCGGUCGCUUCUGAGGACAUCCACAAAACUGCCGUUACCACGCCCUCCGGCCUUUUCGAAUUCAUCCGCAUGCCUUUCGGUCUUCGUAAUGCCGCCCAAACGUUCCAGAGAUUCAUCGACCACAUCGUACGUGGACUACCGUUUGUUUACACCCACGCCGAUGACCUCUUGAUGGCCAGCUGGAAUGUGGAAGAACGCAAAGAGCACCUGGCCUUGGAGUUUGACCGCCUUAACAAAUUUGGCGUUAUCAUCAACCCCCCAAGUGCGCGCUGGGUGUGCCUCGGCCAUCAUGUCGACUCUGAAGUUUUGCGUCCUCUCCCAUCCAAGGUUGAAGCAAUCUGGUAUUUCUCUCAACCAACUUCCAAGCGUCAGUUGCAGCGAUUACUCGGCAUGGUCAUUUUUUACCAUUGGUUCCUACCGAACGGUUCUGACCUCAUGCUGCCGCUCACCAACAUACUUUCUGAUCCUAAAGGUCUCCUCGAGCUUACUGGUGGAACACUGAAUGCUUUUGGGAUGAUCAUGAAUUCCCUUGCCGACGCCACCUUGCACCCGCCUUCCACUCCCAAAACUCAGCUGUCCCUGAUGGUAGAUUCUUCGAACGUAGCCGUAGGUGUAGUCCUUCAACAACACUUUGCUGGAAGCUCUUGCCGACUGGGACCUGCUACAGUACCUUCGUCCGCGAACUACCUGCAAUUUACCUAGCUGUCAAGCAUUUCCGGCAUUUCCUUGAAGAUCGCGACUUCACUAUUUUCACGGACCAAAAGCCGCUGACUUUUGCUCUGCGUUCCCAUUCCGGCAAGUACAUUCCGAGACCGAUCGCUCACCUGGACUACAUCUCCCAGUUCACCGCCGACAUCCGCCACAUUGAUGGCACGAAGAAUGAGGUGGCUGAUAUGCUCUCCAGGCCCUCACUGCCUUCCCUCCAACUCUCACAUUGA